CUACCCCCUCUCCCCCCUGCUUUUAUUCCCCGUGUAUCGCUCUAGUCUUUGCGCAUCUGUUGGUCUGAUAACACACACUGGGUCUAGGGGGUGAAGUCCUCGCUAUAUCGCUCUCCACGUAUCAUCUGUUCCCCCCUUUUUUUAAGUGCCGUUAUAACGAAAGCGGAUAUGUUAGCUGCGCCCAGACCCCGUGUGGUUCAGAAUAUCCUCGUUCUUGCAUUUUUUCUCCUGUUCUACGUUUGUCUUCGCAUCGCUGUCCUCGGAGGCCAGGAAGAAGACGCUUCGCUGCUGAGGUAUGACGAGGCCUUCAUGUACAGGAUUGAGAAGAAGUUGCCCCUGGACACCUUCGCCGAUGCCAGGGACGAAACGGCGCCUCCGAAGCAGCCGCCUCUCUGGGUCCUCACCCUCAGCUCCCUUCCUCGCAGCGGGUCCACCCUCAUGGCUCAGUUUCUCGGAACGCUGGCCAAUUCCGUCGUGUUCUUCGAGCCCAUGUGGGUCAAGGAAUACACCCCCUGCGCGGAUGAUGAGGAUUGCGUGGUGGACUACAUCUACAACAUUUUCAACUGCUCGUACAAGCAAGACUUCGAGGACUGGUUUCGAAAGAAGGAUCUGUUCUUCGGGUACUUCCACCCGGACGUCAGGAACUGCAAGGGCGCGGGUUGCAAAGACGCGCUCGACGUGCGCGGGAUGUGCGAGCGUUCGGACGUCAGGGUCAUGAAGAUCAUCCGCACGAGGCUGGCGUUCUUGGAGCCGCUGAUGAGUGACUCGGAAAUCAACUUCAAGGUAAUCUUCCUGACCCGAGACCCGCGCGGAUCCCUCAGCAGCAUCCGGAAGUUCGGCUGGAACAAGGACCCACUGACGCGCUGCACUCACCUGGACAAGGACCAGGUUGCCUACGAGGAAUUGUCCGGACUCUACCCGGACAAAGUGAUGCUCGUCAAGCACGAGGACUUCUGCCUCGACCCCAUGGGCAAGGCGGAGGAACUCAUGCAGUUCUUGUACGGCCACUCGACCAUCCCGGAGGAGCUCAAGGCUUACCUCGUCAAGCACAUGACCACCAGAACGCAGAAGGGCACCAUGAGUACUUUCAAGAACAGCUCGCAGGAGUACGACGCCUGGCGCUACAGGAUUCGCGAGGACGACCUCCUGAGUAUUGAGAUCGAGCCGGUCUGCGUGCGCACCAUAGAGAGCAUGGGCCACGUGCUCUUCGGCUCCAUCCAGAAGGCCAACGACUCGUCCGUUUCCCUCUUCGCGCAGUGAAGGGUCGGCUCUGAGUCGGUGGUCUUCCGCUGAGAGGGAGCGCGUAGGUGGUGAUCCUAAUAGCGCGUUAAAGUGCUAAAGAUGAAAUGAAAAGAAUAAUAAUGAUAACUACAGACUAAUAACAACAAUAAUGAUAAAUGCAAAAAUGGAACAACAUGAUACUACGACCACUGCUAUUAUUAUAGAACUAUUGUUAUUUUUACCACGAUUACUGUUACUCUGCAUCCUAUACGAAGUUGGCUGACUGACAAUGAGUUACGUACCUUAGCAAAGGGAUCGAUCAAUACCCGACUCCUGUAGUUGAGCCUUGUAAAGCAAUUAGAGAAGGCAAAGGGGAAUAAAAGGAAGGAAGGUUAACAUUAGAAGAAUUCUUUAAAAAUAUAUAGGAAGAAGCUAAAAAUAAAAAAUAAAAAAGCUUAGGGUUGGAGGAAAGAGGCAAUUCCUGUUUACGGUGGCUCACUGCCUCGCGGCUGAUUUUUGUAAACGAAGCAGUGGCCAGCACAUUAUCGUAAAUGAAUCUAUACUGCAACGAGCGAAUUUUCAAAACAUUCAUUAGGUUGUAAACGCAUCUCUGUACCAAUACAGCUGCGAGUGCCCAAAACCAUUCAUAGCGUUCAUCGUAGCAAGAAAAAAAAAAAAAAAAAAAAAAACUUUCAUGUACUCAUUUCAUCUUCAAAAAUAGAUUCCAAAAUCUGCAUUUUUUUUUUUUUUUAAGUGGAAGGGUUGAUUCUUGUAGAAGAGCAACGUAUACGGAAGACUUAGUGUCAGAACAACAAGACGAAUAUUAUAAGAUUAAUAUUAACAAAGUAGGCCUUUUCCGAAGCGCCGUGGCCAGUCCAUCAGCAUGUCAUUGUCCCGUUGUAAAUCACCAGUCUUGAAUCGAACAAAUUUUCAGGAACAUACGAAAAGAUUAUAAAGUGCAAUAUAACUGUGAGGGAACUCGUGAAGUAAUUUUUUUUAUAUAGUUUUAUAUAGUUAAGUAGUUUUUUUUUUUAUAGAAUGCCUUUAUUUCGCUGCAAUAUCAUGUAUUUUUCAAAUGAUUAUGAAAUUCUUUUGUGUAGUUCAGAAGUGAUGUCUUCAAAAGAACUUUUUUUUUUAGUGAAUUAUUUGUUUGUAACAUUGUUAUAUCAUCACACAGACGUGCACGGCCGCACAUACACACAUGCACACACACACACACACACACACACACACACACACACACACACACACACACACACACACACACACACACACGCAAACACACACACACACACACACACACACACACACACACACACACACACACACACACGCACAAACACACAUUCAGCUGUUGUUAAUUUCAUCUGGUUUAUAAAUAUUAUGCAUAGGUCGUAGAUGAAGAUGCUUUUAUUUACUAAUGGCAUUCAUUGGUAAAAUUCACCAUAAGCAACAUGUGCACAUAUCGUUAAAUACUACUACUACUACUACUACUUCUAAUAAUAAUAAUAAUGAAUGUAGAUAUGCUAUGAUAAUGUCAUGAUUUGUUAUAGUUGCCUUGACUGAAUAUACUAGUCAUUUGAUCGUAUAUCUUUUCAUAAUGAUAAUUACUUAAUAGUUACUGUGAUUUGACUUGUAUUAUUUAGCAUUCGGCAACUUAUUUUCCUUUCUAUUUCUCUCUCUUGACACGAUGCUUUAUCAAUGAUGUCUACAAGUGGUUUUUAUUUACUUCGAAUCAUGUGUUAUCACUCCCUCCUUCGCAAUGGGUGGCCAGUUGCAAUAUUAAUUUAAUUUUCAUUAUAAACUUUCAUCGUAUUUUGUAUAUAUAUAUAUUGUUUAUUUAUGUUAUAUGUAAAAUUACACUUUUUUAUUUAAGCUUUAUGUAAUAUUGUCAUAAGUAAACUGUUUUGGUAAAA